UUUAGGAAUGAUUGUAUUGUAAUUGAUUUAAGUAUUGUUUGAAUUUUGACAAAAUUUAAUGAUGUGGAAAUUUGCAUAUUAUGGUUAACACUAGAAGUUUAGGUCAUGUCUUAGGCAAAGUUAUAGGAAGAGUCCUGGGGAGAGAGGAUAAUCGUGAUUCGGAUGAUGUUCUCCAGCGGCUAAGGCCCACAGCAUCCGCACGUAGGCAACGGGAAGUUGUCGUUGUUGCUGAGGAUGCUCCUCACGUGGAUGACGCAGUUGAAGAGGUAUUCCAACAUGCUGAUGAAGCUGUUGAUGAUUUUGAGGGUUUUCCUAGGCCGCGUGACCCAUUAGUGCUAAUUGUCUAUGCUGAUCAUGUUGCAGUCAUUGUUUGGAACGAAGAGGAACGUCCUGAAUUAAAGCUAUUUUCCCAUGGAAGGAAGGUUCAGAAAUUUGGGAUAUUUGCUGUUGAAAUUGAAAGACUAUAAUGAAAGGUCACCACGUGCUUGCGGCUGAACUUCUAUGAAGGCCUCUACAAAGUCAUUACUAGCAUUGACGUAUCGAAAGCGUCUAGAUCAACUGACAACUGUUGAUGUUUGCUAGAUGCCUUACGGUAACCGUCGUGCAGUUCGAGAGUUUGACCUCAUUUCAUGUUUUGCUGGACAUAUUCGAUGGGGUUCCGUUGUUGUGAUACACCGACCAGAGAGGGUGGUGCAGCAAUUUGGGUAUGUUCAGACCAUUCUUCCACACUCUCCAGGAUCAAGGUUAUUGUUCGCAGAUAUUGACGACAAAUGGAUGUAUUUCUCUGAGUACCUUGCACCGGUGGGGUAGGUUUGUGCUGUGCCUGGACAAUGUGCAUCGGACUACAUCCACUGGUUCUACAUGAUUUCGCAUCCAUUCAUGAUGCCGACACAGCCCGAGAAUCCACCUAGACAUCCACCUGUGAUGCGAUGAGACAUAUGUGGAACCAAAUAUGCUUGAGUUCUCGGUGGCAGCAGCAGCUAUGGAGGAAAUACCUACACAUGCACCUUCUCAUGUGGAGCAGCCUUGACAUGCAGUGGAGGCUUGCCAAGCAAUUGCAGAAAGGUUGGAGCGGUUGCUCAACCUAAGGAUAGUGACUAAAGGCACAUAAGCACACGAUGCAUUGCAAGACUGCUUAAGGAUCGCUAGGGGUGUCACUGUAGACCGCAAUGUUUAUGUCAGGUCGCAACGCACGGAUCAUGCUUGAAGACAUUUUCAAUUGUUUUGGAAAUUUUUUAGACUAUGUUUAUAAUUUUAUUGUAUUUGACAACAUUUUCGUUUUACCAAGCUUAUUUGAAUUUUCUUAAUGUUACUAUUAAUGUUAUUAUUAAGAAAGAAAGAUAAAUUAUUUUA